GAAAGGGAAGGUGGUAGUUGAGAAGUCUGGGUCAGGUUGGAUAUUUAGAGCUUUGAAAUUACAACUUGCUGUUGAGUCGUGUAACGUUUGAGGUGUAAACUGUUUGACACAGUGAGCAGUCUUACUCUACUUUCAGCAACCCCUUGCAAAUAUCGCCCUUUUGACUUGAGCCGGAGCAGUGCCGAGUGGUCUGACAGGGGAUCUGCUGCAGGCCAGAGGGGCGCGCCAUGUUCGCCCCCGGCGCGGGCUGGAGGCUCCACAGCCUCCGGCUCGGUCACCUCCGGCUCGGUCACCACCGAGGGCGGGCCGGUGAGGCCCUGGGGUGCCGGGCGUAUGGGGCUCGUCAGGCCCGAUGCUAUGGCUCUGGUGGGGGCAAGCGCCCUCCCGGGGCCGAGCCCGAGGGCCCUCCGCCGAGCCCAGCGCGCGGAACUCUGAGGGAGUGGAUGCUGCUGGUGAGCCCGUUUGGACGGCUGCGGGCGCGGCUUCCGUGCCACCUGGCGGUGAGGCCACUGGACCCCUUGACCUACCCGGAUGCCGACCGCGUGCUAGUGGUUGUGAGCGGAGCGGAGGGCGGGGCGCAGGCCCUGGCUGGCCUGCAGGUGAAGUACGACGAGGCGCUGGAGGAGGUGGCCAUUGAGUCUGACACCCUUGACCCCCAGGCGUCCGUGGAGGUGCAGGCGCCCCUGAAGUUUGAUUUGAAUAUCAAGUCAUCAGGGUCUGGCUGUAUCAAAGUCCAAAAUAUUGAGUGUGAUAAUUGCAAAGUUGAAACUGAGCAGGGGACUAGCAUCUUACAGUCUGUUAAGAGUCAAAAAUUACAUGUCCAAACAAAAGGAGGCAAAGUGAUCUGUGUGGGAACAGUUUAUGGAAAUAUAGAUAUUCAUGCAUCAGAUAAAAGUACUGUGACUGUAGAUAAACUACAAGGAAGUUCUGUUAAUAUAUCUACUGAAGAUGGUUUGCUGAAAGCCAAGUAUCUUUAUACAGAAUCUUCAUUUCUGUCUUCUGCUGCCGGGGACAUUACAUUAGGAAGUGUUCAUGGAAAUAUAACAUUACAAAGCAAGAAGGGUAACAUUACAGUAGAUUCGUGCUCUGGAUGUCUAAAAGCCUCAACUCAUCAGGGUGCCUUGGAUGUUUAUGUCAGCCAACUGGGGAAGGUGGAAUUGAAGUCCCAUGAAGGCUCUAUUCUCGUCAAGGUUGCAUCUUCUCUUCAAGCUCAUUUACAGUUAUCAGGAAAAGAAGUUGAUGUGAACUCAGAAGUCUGUGUUCAAGAGAUGGCUGAAACUCAUAAAGACGGUGGUGUAAUAAUUACCGGGCUCAUGAAUCAAGGAAACAAACCUGAAAAAUGGAUUAAGGCUGAUGCCCCAAAAGGCACCGUAAGUUUUAGAAGUCAAAGCUGGUUUCAGUCCCUGAAACUGCAAGACUAAGGAUGGUUUGAGUUGUAAUUCAUAAUUUUAACAAUGAUUAGUAGAUCCAUGACUACAAAAAUGCACAUACUACUUUCAUGUAAAUGUUGAAAAUGACAAAUUAUAACAAAUCAUCAAAGUGGAUGAGCACUAGUGAACUGUCUUGUGGGGGAGGGGCUUCAAAAUUUAUACUAGCUAUUGUAUUAGUUUUAUUAUUCUGUAACAAAUUACCACAAACUUAAAUGACUUAAAAUAGUACCCAUGUAUCAAUUCACAGUUCUGUAGGUCAAGAGUGUGCCUAGAUUUUCUGUUCAGGGGAAACAAAAAGAUAGUGAUUAACUCCAUUUAAGAGAUAAGUCACAGAGCAUAUAGAACUGUUUUGUC